AUGAACGGCGCUGUGCUGGUGGCCAUCGUGGCCGCCACCGGCAACCUGCUGCAGGGAUGGGACAACGCCACUAUCGCCGGCGCCAUGCUAUACAUCAAACGGGAGUUUCACCUCAAUACGCAGCCGUACAUGCAGGGCCUCGUGGUCGCCAUGUCGCUCAUCGGAGCCAUCAUCAUCACCACCUUUUCCGGCCCCGUCUCCGACAAAGUUGGCCGUCGCCCCUUGCUCAUUGCCUCCUCUCUGCUCUACUUCGCCGGCGGCCUCAUCAUGCUCUGGUCCCCCAACGUGUUCGUCCUCCUCCUCGCGCGCCUCGUCGACGGCUUCGGCGUUGGACUCGCCGUGACGCUCGUCCCGGUCUACAUCUCCGAGACGUCCCCGCCGGAGAUCCGCGGCCUGCUCAACACGCUGCCGCAGUUCACCGGCUCUUUCGGCAUGUUCGGCUCCUACUGCAUGAUCUUCGCCAUGACGCUGUCCCGGCACCCCAACUGGCGCGCCAUGCUCGGCGUGCUCUCCUUGCCGUCGCUCGUGUACCUGGCGCUGGCCGUGCUCUACCUGCCGGAGUCGCCGCGGUGGCUCGUCAGCAAGGGCCGGAUGAAGGAGGCCAGGGCCGUCCUGGAAAUGCUGCGCGGCCGGGAGGACGUGUCCAUCGAGAUGGCUCUCCUCGUCGAGGGCCUGGGCAGCGGCGGCGAGACGGCCAUCGAGGAGUACGUGGUCGGGCCGGCGGCCACGACGGGGGAAGAGGAGCACGAUAUGAGGGACCAGGUGACGCUGUACGGGCCGGAGCAAGGGCUGUCGUGGGUGGCGCACCCGGUGGUGAGCGGGCGCGGCAGCAUGCUGGGCAGCGCCGUCGGUCUGGCGUCGCGGCAUGGCAGCAUGUACGAGAAUAUGAAGGACCCGGUGGUGGCGCUGCUGGGGAGUGUCCACGAGAAGAUGCCGGAGUCCGGCGUCGGGAGCAGCGCGCGGGGCAGCACGCUGUUCCCAAACCUGGGGAGCAUGCUGAGCGUGGCGGAGCAGCCUGGCGACUGGGACGAGGAGAACGUGCCGCCUAACGACGACCUCGACGAGGAGGAUGAGGAGGAGUACCUCUCCGACGAGGACGGGGACGGGGAGGACAAGGGGACGGGCCUCAAGGAGGCUCUGCUGUCGCGGCAGAGCACGGAGGUGGAGAGCAAGAAGGAGGCCGGGAGCGCGAGCCAGGGCGGGGGCAUGAUGAAGCGGUACAGCAGCAUCACGGGAGGCGGCGGCGGCGCGGAGGAGGCGAGCACUAUGGGCAUCGGCGGCGGGUGGCAGCUGGCGUGGAAGUGGACGGACAAGAUCGGGCCCGACGGCGUGAGUCGCGGCGUCGUGAAGAGGAUGUACCUGCACGAGGAGGGCGUCCCCGGCGAGGGCGGCUCGGGGCCGGGGGACUACGUGCACGCGGCGGCGCUGGUGAGCCAGUCCAUGCUCUACACCAAGGACGUCCUCAUCGGGCAGAGCCCGACGCCGGCGUUCGCCAACCCGCCCGAGACCGUGGCAAAGAAAGCGGCCGCCGCGGGGCCCUGGUGGCGCGAGCUCCUGCAGCCCGGCGUCCGGCACGCGCUCUUCUGCGGCGUGAUGAUCCAGAUCCUGCAGCAGUUCUCGGGCAUCAACGGCGUGCUGUACUACACGCCCCAGAUCCUAGACCAGGCGGGCGUGAGCGUGCUGCUGUCGAGCCUGGGCCUGAGCGCGGACUCGACGUCCAUCCUCAUCAGCGGCCUGACCACCCUGCUCAUGAUGCCGAGCAUCGGCGUGGCCAUGCGGCUGAUGGACGUGUCCGGGCGCCGGAGCCUGCUUCUGUGGACGAUCCCGGUGCUGAUCGCGUCGCUGGUGGUGCUGAUCGUGGCGAACGUGGUGCCGAUGGCCACGACGGUGCACGCGGCGCUGUCCACGGUGAGCGUCAUCGUCUACUUCUGCUGCUUCGUCAUGGGGUUCGGGCCCAUCCCCAACAUUCUGUGCUCGGAGAUCUUCCCGACGCGCUUGAGGGGCCUCUGCAUUGCCAUCUGCUCCCUUACCUUCUGGCUGGGGGACAUCGCCGUCACCUACAGCCUCCCCGUGAUGCUCAACUCCGUCGGCCUCGCCGGGGUGUUCGGCUUGUACGCCGUCGUGUGCUGCCUGGCGCUCGUCUUCGUGGCGCUCAAGGUGCCAGAGACCAAGGGAAUGCCGCUCGAGGUCAUCAUCGAAUUCUUCAAGGUCGGCGCCAAGGGCGUGUCGCCAGCAAGCGAGUGAGUGAGGAAUCAUUCCAACACAACAAGAAGCUCAUCGCAAUAAUCCAUAAAACAUUUUUGCAUAUUUGUAUGCAUGCUGGAAAGCUAAGCUAGCGUAAGUCCCUGUUUCUCCCACUCCACGUGAAGGUAAUGUCUUUUUUCUUUUGUUCCAGAGGCUUUGGACAAAACAGGU